UACAUAUGAAAACAAUGAACUGUUAAAAACCAAUUCUCUUAAUCAACUUUUUUGGUAUAUUUCGAUGCCAUUACCGUUUCUUGGAUUUCCCAGUCGAACUCUGCAUAUAUAUCAACUUGUUAUGAUGUAAAUAACCAAAACCCCAGUGAAAAAAUUUAUACCCAUUUUCAACAAUAACUCGAAGAGUGUUGGCUGCAGAUUCACAGUGACCAGACGUGCUUUCAGUGUUUGUUAAAAAAACCAGUUUAGUUGAAGCAGGAGUUAGAUAGUCUGCGUGUUUUUUAUUUGUUUAAUAUCCGUCUAUUGAAGAGAAUUAGAGCUUUGAAGUCAAUACCCUCAAGUUAAAUGGGAUUAUAGAGAAUAGAUAAUUAAAAUUUUUUUCUUGAGUGCACAAAUUAAUCAUAAGCACUCAAUAUGACUGUUAUUGCCUAUACAAAUAUUUUCCAAGGAACGUUACCUCAGUUAAUUGCAGUUUUAGCAGCUACCUUAAAUGCAAUAAGUGAUGGUAUGCAAUAUGGAUGGACAGCACCAGUUAUACCAAUACUCAUGGGGGAAGAUUCUCCUCUACUUAUAACGGAAUUUCAAGGCGAAUGGCUGGAAACUUUUGUAUGGAUUGGAUCUUUAUCUUGUCUCCCGCUUACUAUGUAUCUCGCUGAUAAGAUUGGCCGAAAGAACUCUAUUCUCCUUGCAGCAUUCCUAACUUUGAUUGUUUGGAUAAUAAUUGCUGUUGCGCCUUCUAUUGAGUUUCUCUACUUUGCUAGAUUUCUAGCAGGAACCGCUAGCAACACAGCUUAUGUUUCUACUCCUAUGUACAUAGCCGAAAUUGCAGAACAGAAGAUUAGAGGUUUCCUCAGCAGCUUAAUUUAUUUAAUGAUGCUUUUGGGUAUAUUCGUAAUAUACGCUGUCGUACCUUUUAUUCCAUACUGGGCUCAUUGCACAAUCGGAGCUAUUUUAGCUAUAUUAGAAUUGAUUAUUUUUCCAUUUAUGCCCGAAAGUCCUUACUAUUUGGUAUUCAUAAAUAAACCUGAAGAAGCUAAGAAAUCGUUGAAAAGACUUAGAUCCUCUAAAUGUGAUAUAGAUCAAGAGUUGAACGAUAUUAAAGUAGCAAUAGAAAGACAGAAGACUGACAAGGAUAAAAUUUGGGAUUUAUUUAUAGUUCCCAGCUAUCGUAAAGCUGUGAUAAUUAUGUUUAUUCUGAAUGGCGCGCAGCAUUUUAGUAGUAUAAGUGUUCUUCUUAUGAAUCUACAUAUUAUUUUGGGAGCAGCUGGUUCUAUUUACAUGGAGCCUUCAUCUGCUGGAAUUUUAUUUGCCUUCCUACUACUCUUUGCUGCAUGUAUAGCUUCCGUUUCUGUGGACAAAUUUGGUAGACGGAGUUUACUAAUAAUAUCAAGUAUUUUAACUGGUAUAAGUUUGUUGGUACUUGCUGUUUAUUUCACUUUAAAAAAUUCUGGUUACGACACAGCUUCUGUCAGUUGGAUACCUAUUGCCAGUGUCAUGAUAUAUGCUUGUGUAUUUAAACUAGGCUUAGGUCUAGUACCUAUAGUACUUGGCCCUGAGCUAUUUCCUGCAAAUGUUAAAGGAUACGGUAUGACGUUAGUUGAUGCUACAUACGUUAUAGCUUCUCUAUUGUCACUUCAAUUGUAUCAAAGAUUGGGUGACAAUUAUGGAUUAGAGUAUCCGUUUUAUGUAUUUUCCAUUUGCUGUUUUUUCACAGCAAUAUUUAGUUAUUUUGUUAUUCCAGAAACUAAAGGUAAAACAUUAGAAGAGAUACAAAUGGUUCUGAAAGGAGAGAGUAUUGAAAAGAAAGUUGAAGGUUGUGCGUAAGAUAUAGUGAUAUUAAUUAGGAAGUUAUUGAAUAAUUUGUUGUACAUAGUUUAUAUAAUCUGUAAUGAAAACUUAUAGGCAUUCAGUGAAUACGUUAAUUCAGAAUAUUACAUAAUUUAUUUGUAGUAUUAAUUUUAAUACAUUAGUUUACGCUAAAUUGUAAUAAUUGUAUCCCCAUUUUCUCCUAUUGUUGAUCUUGUAUCUAACGUGUUGAAUAUUUAAUUUUUAUAUGUCUUCCCAUCUUAUGUUUUAUCAUAGUCUUGGUCUACCUUCCAAUUUUUUUCUCUACAAAAUCCGGUUGCCGUCUCUCUAAGGCUCUUAUUUUCAAAUUUUCUUCUAAUUCCUGAUUCCUUAUAUUUCUAUAUUCGUUCUGACCUAUUGUUGUUGGACUUAUAUUCGUCUCAGCAUUUUCCUAUCGAAUAUUCAGAUUUUUCUUUUUCCUUCGCGAGACACAUAGUUUAUGUGGCAUACGUGACAACAGAUCUAAUUGCUACUCCGAAAAAUGUUAAACUUUAUUUUCAGUAUGCUCCAUUUACAGAUAGUAUAUGAUUCUUUAUCUCUUCUAAUCUGUCUUUUUCAUCAUUUAUAAUGAUGCCUAAAUAUUUGAAAGUCUUCAUUUGUUCAGAGCUAUACUUUCAAAUUUUUAUGUUGGUCUCAAUUCUUUCUCUUCUUGUGCUUAUCAUGAUUAUGUUCUUUCUUUAAUUUAUUUCCAAUACUCUUUCUUUACCUUUCUUUGCCUCUCCUAUUAUCCUGACUGUCACUUCCUUUUGGGUUUCUUGGCAUUAGUGAUAUACGAGUAUCAUCUGCUAGCUACACUGAUGUUUGCGUACGGGUCCUUCUGAUUUCACUUUUAUUGUUCUCUAAUUAGUGUCUGGGCUUCUAAUAUUUGUAUAAUUUGUAUAAUAAUAUUGACCGGCGAACGUUCAAUAGAAGUAAAUAUGUCCAAGUGACUGGAAGUAAUGCUCUUGCUGGUUAAGUAAUAAAAAUGCAGUUCUUUGUUAGUGUCCCACAUCGACUAAGAUCACGUAUUUCUUUGUGGGACUGGAAGUCGCCAAAACAGCCUGCACCACGACAACGCACUGAGCUAUUCCUCAUUGAUUGUUCCAACGUUUUUGGCAAAAGAGGCAUUUCAAGGAUGCAGCUUCCACUCUAUAGUCCCGAUACUGACUCUUGCGACUAUAUUUAUUUCCGAAUAUAAUGUCAUAGAAAAAGUCAUAGAAGCUGUAACCGCAGCUCUAAGCAAGUUGGGAAGGAUGCUUUGCCAGAGCAACGUUGAAAUCAUUGUGCGGAGUUUAAUGCAGACUAUUGUGAGAAUCGAUAAUAAAUAUUGAAAGAAAAUUUAAUUACUUAUUUCCUAUUGAUUAAUUCCCAGACCUUAAAUGCGGCGUAUUGUAUUUUUAGGCUAGUACAAGAAUAUUCCCACAUUUUUUCACUUUCUGAUUCUGAUUUCAACAGACUGUGCACACACUAAUUCUAUUAGUCUCCUUGUUUUCAGUUGGUGUUCUUUAAACAUACAUUUUACUAGAAGCUUCAAAUGAAUUCUUACACAGGUACCUUUUUGACUCUUGCAUAACUGCAGUAAUACUACUCAGUCUUCUCACUCUCGGCGUGAGAGAUAAAAGCGCAUUUGUACCGUAAGCAAUCAGUAAAUAUUAACAAAAAUUUUGAUUUACAAGAGAUGAUAAAAAAAAUUGUAUAUGAGAAAAAAUUUUGUCUAGUAAAAAUCACAUUUUGGU